AUGUCCGAAUCCACUCUGGAGCCCAAAGAGGCUACAGUUACCUUUUACCACGUCUGCCCCGUCAGCUCAAAGCAACACAGCUUCACGCUCGACCACGACGACGUCCUCUCUUCCGAAAAGCUAGAGGAAAUCGCCAAGAAUAUUCGCUAUUCCUGGCCGAGAAGGAUGAGCGAAGAGCGCAGCCGCGCCCUGAGGGAGGUGAUUUACAAGGUUAUCAAGUGGGAAAAGGGCGACACUUUGGAGCAUCCGGUGCUUCCCAAGCUUGGGCCUUACCCAGAGGUCAAGAAGAGAAAAUCGGUAUAA